UAUCGAAGUGAGUCGAAGCUACAUCUGAUUCCCCUUCAAAGUUUUUCGGUACAUUCAUCUGAUUCGAUUGAAUGUCAGGAAAAAGUGUGUUUAACUGAAGAAAAACAAAACAUUGCCCGCUAAUCGGAGUAAUCGCGUGUGCUAUCUAGCAGCAAGAACCCAAUCGCGGGAUCCGUUUUGCUGGCUUGAAAGUGGAAAUCUGUGUGUGAUUGUAUUUGGUCAGCGGAAGGAUACCUACGCCGCAAAAUUCUGGAAGCAGCAGUGCGCGGCUCACCGCGCAAAAACAAGAAAUUACCAAACGAAGGCCAAGAAUUCACAGAAAACUAUUCGUGCGAAAUUCCAGGGUCGGGUCACUUAUCGGUGUAAACACAGAGCUGAAAUUUGUAGCUGCUGAAAGCGCGUAUUGUACCGUGAAUGUUUCGUGCGACAUGCCACACGUCACCGGCGAACGGAGCGGGUGAGUGCGGGAGUGAGUAAAGUGCAAACAUUUAAGUAGAAGGUGUGUUUUGUGGCUAUUCGAGUUCGAUUGUUUCCACGAUCCUCCGUCCUUGUGUUGCUCCCACCGCUCGAGAGGGGAACCAUCCGUACAAGCAGCAGCGGCAGACCUUCUGCGCUCUGUUGCUCUCGUCGUGAUAUCAGCUGCUACCUAAAGAGGUAGUUCGUUCUAGUGAAAUUAGAGUGCCGGGGGUGAGUGUUUGAAAUUACCUUAGCCGCCCCCCCCUUAAGAGGCGGGGAAGAAGAAAGGUCCUGUUAUUUGGAUCGUCUGUAAUUGCUACCGUCAACAACUGAUAGGAACAAAAGAGGCAAUAUUAACAUCAGCUGAAGAAGCAAAAGUCAAUUCGCGAAAAAAAAAACAAUAACAAUACUAGGAAUGCCUGAAGUGAAAAAAUGCCAGUGUCAUUCAGAUGUGUAAUUGUGGCGUAAAAAAUCGAAAUUGCUGAAUUGCUGCUAUAUUCCAGUGAAACCAUCGACCGAAGUGAAUAAAUGCCUAUUCGUUUAAGAGUGAAUAUUCUACUUCUAAAGGAUGUCAACCUCAAUAGCGUAAGCCAGAGGCCUUGCCUGAAUUGAAGGCAAUCAAAAAGUGAUUCUGGGAAGUUAAGUAAAUAUCAAGAAAUUGGUUAUUUGUGGUUUUGCGCUGCGCGCAGCAUAACAAGCCGGGUACCUACGCGGUGCUAAAUGCUGUCCGUGUGAUUCCGUGAACAAAAUAGCUGCCGGCAGUACCUAUUAUCCAGUGGUGUUUGGAAAGAAUUUUGAAGAUUUAAAGGUGUGUUGUUAUUCUUUUCUCAACUCGAAGCAAAAAGUGAUUAAAAGCGGCCACUCCCGUUUAAAUUGCGUACAAAUUCCGGUAGGUGGUGUGUGAGUCCUGGGUUGAGGCAGGUUGUAGCAGUUAUCUGAACACCACAGUUAUCAUGUCUAUGGACGUUUGGUGUAAGUCGGACGAUAAUAUGCAGGAAGUAAUCGCUGAGGAUGAUGCAAUGAGAUUCUGUCGUGUCAGCUCCGAGGAGGGUGGUGGCGGAGGCGGCGGCGGUGGCGGUGGAAGCAACAAUCCGGCCGCUCGCGGCAACAUCACCAUGGACAAAGACGAGAAAAGGAUGCGCCGGGAAAUCGCAAAUAGCAACGAGAGAAGACGCAUGCAAAGCAUAAACGCCGGCUUCCAGAGUCUUCGACAGAUGCUGCCGCACCACGAGGGCGAAAAAUUGAGCAAGGCUGCCAUCCUCCAGCAGACGGCCGAGUACAUCUACGCCCUGGAGCAGGAGAAGACGCGCCUUCUGUCGCAGAACUGUCAGCUGAAGCGACUGCUCGACCAGCAGGACCAUAACGGUGCAGUAGCGGCAGCCGAACUUCAGCAGGCCACAACGCAAACAGCAACGGCAGCCACCACCGUGCUUACGGCAACGGCGACAGCGACGGCCAGCCCUGCAGCGAUAGCUGUCGUCCCGGCGACGACAACGACCGUGGCAGCGAUUCAGGCACCGACGGGACAAGCGGCGGUCGCUCAGGUGGCUACCGUUGCCAAGAAGCGUAAGAUCGACGCCAUCAUGACCGUCCAACCGGUUUCGGAUUCGUCCGACGAAGGACUGGGCUCGAUGUCGCCGGAACCGGUUAGUCUCAUGCAGGUCGUGAACAAUGCUACCGGGCAAACCAUCAUGGCUACCGCAGUCAACGGUCGAGCGUGUGCCACCUUCAACGUUUCAGCCAAAGACUACUUGGAUAUGAAACAUCAGUUGGAAAUCGAGCGACGACAAAAAACAGUCAUCGAGGAGAGAUUAAAAGCCUUAGAACGGCAAAUUUAUCCAGCGAGAGUUCUUUAUCAAGACCAUCCGGAUAUCAAUGAUCCGAAGGAAACAUAUGAAGAAAUAACAGUGACCACUAUUCAAAAGCCAAUCACCGCAAAAAUUGGUAAAGAGAUGGAAAGUGUUCAGCUGAUUGAGCUCGAGUCUGUAAUACCCGGAAAGAAACAACUGGUCGUCUGUAAAACGGAAGGGAUUGAGGAGGUUAUUCCAGCUGUCACCGUGAAACCGGCAGUCGUUCCUUUGAAAGAGGAUAAAGUGUUUGUCAAACGAUCACGAUCGCGCUCGCCAACGAUUGAAACCGUUGUGACAUUGCCUCCGAAAAAGAAUCGUUAUCCAACCAUUCUAGAGGCAGCCAUCAAAGCAGAACCGAAAGUUGAAGUCGAACGCAUCGAUUCUCCUUCCUCGAUUGUCGUAACCGACGAUCAUCUUUCGCAUUUAACCAGCAGCAGUAAAUUGGUAACAUCGCAGCAACAGCAAGCCGCUUCCCGUAUCAACACGUGUCGUCAUAAUUUGGAGACGAUAGUCGAGGCCAUUCGGCAUCUGGAGGGCGAUGCAUUCGAUGCUGUAGUUCCUGGUGGACCAGCCGCUGGUCAAGUUCUCCAAAAUCCUCGCCACAUUGUGCAGGAAGUUCCUCUGGCACUGACCACCUCGAGCAAGCAAAAGGAACGCGAUCAUCGCCAGAGCCAGCUGGAACCAUUUUUGAAGUUUCGAACGGCACCUGCCGCUGCUGGUACCUGUUCCUCCUCACUUUCCUCUGUUACCUCCUCGUCAGUUGCCGCUGCCUCCGCGUCACCGAAUGCCAGCAGUGUAAGCAACAACCCUGCGAUCGUUUCAGUAUCCAUCACUCCAUCUAACGUGGUCUGCAGCAGUCCUUCCCAUUCGUCCUCAAUAUCCGCUCAACAGACUGCGUCGCAAAUUCUUCAGCAGCACCAGCAGUGCCGACCGGGCGUGAUUGUGGUUAAACAGAACUCAUGAUCUACUAGCAGCAAUGCUCCAUCCUUAUCAGUAACGUCAUUAUCAUCGUCGUCAUCAUCAUCAUCAUCAUCAUCAGCAGCAGCAGCAUCAUCAACCGUAUCCAUACCGGCUGCAGCUACUGCAACUGGUUCAACAGUUGGAACAAUUGUGAUUAACAACGGCAAGCAAGUGAAAAUUGUAAGCUGCAAAGGCGCUAACAAUGCUAAUAGUAACAUCGUUGUCGGUGGAGGAGGAGGUGGAGCAGCCGCAGCAGGAGGAGGAGGUGGUACCUCGAACGUAAUCAUCAAAUACCAUCAUCAUCAUCAACAUCAGCACCUGGUGACGAGCCACGAAGAGAAGCAACAGUCCGCCGGCAGAUAAGAUCCGCGCAUCAAUAUGGCAGAAAAAGUUUUUUGUUGAUUAUUUUAUACCGACGCAGUUUUUGCGCUUCUAUCACAAUUACAUUUUUAUAGACGUGUUUCCCUUUGUUAUCCCAGUUCCUCACAAAUGUUUUCCCCAGUUUUCCCGGGAUUUCGCGUACGCUAAGUUGUGAUUUAUAGCAAUCGACACAUAUUAUUUUCAUAUUUCUCACUAGAGCCUAGAAGACUUUUUUCUUUAUUUUUAUGAAUCAUUUUAAGUACACAGCAGAUAUCAGAUUAAAAAAAACGGAAGCAAACCAGAAUUGAUAGUUUUAGUCAGACAGAACUACACAACAGGCAGAUAGAAGACAAACAAUAUAAAUAAUAUGCUUAGAGAUUUCGACGACAACAGGUAACUUCUAGAGUCCAGCAAGCAGCUUAGGUGUCCUGCUGAAAGAAAAAUGACCGGCGAAAUCGAUUCACCUACUUUGUACAUUCUACAAAAUGCAUACACGAAAAGAAACUGUAAACUCAAAACAUUCAAGCAAAGUUAUUACAAUAAAAGUCGAUUACAAACGAAAACAAAAACAACUAGGAUCAAAGCGAAACACAGCAGCACAGUGUGUGGAGUUCGAUGAGGUUUCCGGCGCCGCUAAUUGACCGAAACCAAAUGACAACCGGGAUUUUCGGGAUUAUGUUAUUUUUCUUUAACGGAACAAUUUUCUGUUCUAGCAUUUUUCAUAAGUCUUAAAACUCUACUACCUAAAAUACAAUUUACAAACGUCAAACACAGUGCAACAACGGUGUAUUGAAGCAAAUGCAUAAGCAAGAUGUUUUGUGCCUCGGUACAUACCAAUUAUAACAUAAUACUUAGAGGGAGGGAGCAAGCAGGAGCGGCGCGAUAGGGGUAAAUACAAUGGUGUUACAUGUCGGGAAGUACUCUAGUUAAGGUAACAAUAGUAGGUUAGCGUGUAUAGAAAUAGUGUUAUUGAGUGCAACACAUACAAAUACAAAGUUCUACAAAAUACAAUAGCAGUUGAUGCGCGUUGAUUAAGCAAACAGUGAAACAGUAAAAUGGGGCACUGAACAAACAAACAAACAAACAAACCAACAAAAACAUAAACACUAGCAAUAAUGAAUAACAUAAUCCUGGAAAAGGGGUGGUCGUUGGCUUUUUUUCUCGACUAGCAACGUUCGAUUAGAGCUGCUUUUGGUUGUCAAUUUAAUGCUUAAUAUUUUAUUUAUUUUUUUGCGAGUAAACUUUGAUUUGCCUGCUAUUUGUACUUUCGACUUAAUCUAGACGCUUAAUAGUCGAUGAUAAAAGUAGGUCUUUAUGAUGUGGGUUUUGGAUAGCGAAUGAACAGAGAGAACGUUUACUUACCCUCGGUUGUUGAUCAAAGAGUCAGUUGAGUUCGAAUUCGUCUGGAAAAAUAAUAGCUAUUGUUAGGAAAAUCGUUUCUAUAGGCUUGGCUGCGGAAUUCUCAGAAACUAGCUUUGUAUUAAAACUAAGUUUCCGGACUGAACAACUCCGGAGGAGAAACAACAAGAAAGUUGGGACCCUAAAAAAAUUGUUAGUCACUUCGUAUUUUGAACGCGCGGAAACAGUGAAUGGUGAUCAUCAUAUGAUCAUAUAAUCGUACUAUUUUAUGUAUCUAAAAGUUGAAUUUUUAUUGCUUUAAAAUUAAUUUCCUUUUAUUUUGUUCCAAACUGGAACAGUGAAAGUAUUAGCCGGAUGCCAAUCGGAAACCGCAUCGAACGUCCGAAAUGCUGCGAAAAUCAUCAUCUGACCUUGAAAUGAUCGCUGAUCGAUGAAAAUCCUUUUUGUUUUGGGAAACUAUCUUGAACUACACGUAAAUUCUUAACCAUAAAAAAUCCUAGGCAAUCGUUAUAGCAAUCUUUUGAAGUGCAGGCAAGCAAAAAGAAAACAUGAGUAUCAAAAAUUAGUUUCCACAGUAAGUGUGGAAGAGUGUAAAUUUCGGGAAAUCUUUUAAAAAACGAUUUCCCAUCAUAUUGGUAGGAAAAAAGCAAGCAAACACUCGUACCAUUUCCCCCACGACGCGUGGUCCGGAAGGGUACGUUCGAAUCAAAUUCGGCCCCCCAUAAGAGAUACGAUCAUCGUUUUAAAUAACGUAAAACAGUCCCUAAUUAGUUUUCUUUAUAGAUUAAUUAUCUUCGGUUAUAAGCUUUCUUGUUUUAGUGGAAGAAUGAUUUUUAGAUCAUUGUUUGGUUUAGGCUUAAUUGGGAAGCACUCUUCCGCGCUUUUAUAGAGUGAAAAAAGAAAAGAAAACAAACACGAAAUUGAUUGGCGAUCAUUGCAAAAGGACGUACGUAAUGUUUACUUUUUCUACAUUUGUUAGUUUUUCAAACGGAGCGAUUCGAUUUACUAACGAAAAGUAGUUUCUUUACGGUAGAAGAUUAGCGUUAAUAGGUUUAGGAUACUUUUUUUGUACAACACAUAAAAGUUAAAAAAAAGGUGGAGAGAGACAACACUUGUGCAUGAGCGAAUGCGAAUACGUGCACAAAAAAAUCGGUUCGACGUUAGCGUUAAGGAGGCGACUUAGUAAAUCAAUUAUAUGAUUUAUUUGCAUUUAUGUCUGUGCACGUAACAGAUGAAGAAGUAAGGGAAGUUUAGUAAUAAUGACAAGUGUAUAUUUAAGUAUUUAAAGAAAGAAGCAUUAAUAUAAAAGUGGAAAAAAACUAAAUAUAUUUCAGAAUAUAACUCGAAUCUCUUUAUUGAUAAAACAUAAUAAUUAAUACUAUUAUUAUUACGACUAUUACAAACAUGCAAAUACAUUUACGAGUUCAGAAUUAAAAUACAAUUAAA